AAAGAAAGAAAGAAAGAAAGAAAGAAAGAAAGAAAGAAAGAAAGAAAGAAAGAAAGAAAAGAAAGAAAGAAAAGAAAGAAAAUGCGUCCUAGUAUUUUGCCUGACUCCGUGUUUCACCGUAAACUCUCAUGUUCUGUCCACAGAGGAGAUGGGAAUGUGGGACCUCUUUCUCUGUUGAGGGAACAUUGAAUAAUUUCCAGUUUUUAUCUAUUACAAAUGAUGCUGCUAUGAGCACUCAUGUGCAUGUUUUUUGAUGCCUGUAUGUAUACAUUUCUGUUCAACAUCUACCCAGGAGUGAAAAUGCUGAACCAUCAGGGAUCCUUGUGUUUAGUUUUGGUAGAUUCUGCCAAGCCAUUUUCUAGUGACUGUAACAUUUAUAUUCCCACUGGUGGUGUACAAGAGUUCUAGUUUCUUCACAUCCUCACCAAUACUCAGUAGAGGAUUGCAUGGGGCGGGGCACUGGGCUCCCCCCAGACCCAGCUCAGUCUCAGCCAGUAUCACUCCCUUAUUCUUACGGAAGGUGUAGUGGUAUCUUACUGUAGUUUAAAUUUGCGUUCCCACAGUGAUUUAUAUCAAGCUCCUUGUGCUAUGUUGAUUUGACACGUGGAUAUCUGCUUCUGUGAAGUACCUAUCCAAUUAUUUUUGCCCAUUUUUCUAGUAUUUGUCUGUCUUUUUCUUAUUGACUUGCAGAAAUUCUUAUAUUUCUUGUGUGGGCCCUUUGUCAGCCACAUGUAUUUAAACUAUCUCAUCACACCACAACUCGCCUAUUCCCUUUCUUAAUAGUGUCUUUUAAGGAAGAGUUAUUCUCAAAAUAAUACCUGACAGUCUUAAAAGCCUCAGAUUCCAAAGCUCCAUCUGUGUUCUACUCCAUACUCAUCGAUGCUUGAUUCCUUCUUGAACUGAGGAUCCUGUGAACCGUCCUCAGGGCUCCACUUCUCCAUCGCAUUGCAGCGUCCACAAGCAUUUACCGCUGGAGACAGGGGCGCCUCGGAAGCUGGGAGGUCACUUGGGGGUCAAGGGGUAGAUGAUCUUAGUUUUCCAGUGCUGUGCUCCCAGGCCGAAUGAUGCUGAGGACAAGCAAAUUCGGGCAGUCUCUGGAUCUUUCUAGUGGAGGUGUCCCGUAAUAAUGUCCCAUCCUAGUUCCCUGGCAUAGGCUUGUUGAAGCCACAGAAAAUGUAAGAGAUUUAUAAUGAGUUACUGACUCCUUCAUGCUUAGUGUUCAAGAAAAUUUAUUCAUGUAAUACUUCUUCAGCCAAAGAAGAAAUACCAGUUAGAGCUUUGUAAGUUUCUUUCCCACUUCCUAUUUCAACUAUCAAGCUAUAGCACCACCCAGCUUAGGUCACUCACCCACCUUCAAUCCUGAGGCCUGGUUGCUCUCUGCCAGCUUCGCCCAGCCUGUUUCUGACCUGUGUUCCCUCCUCUGUGCCAGGACAGGCCCCAUGCUACUUUGGACGGCUGUGCUGCUCUUUGUUCCCUGUGUUGGGAAAACUGAUCCCCUUCCCUCCAGCCCAUUCGGUGACACUGACCUCCAUGGAGCUUUCUGUCAAACAGGAAAAAAUUCUGAUCUAUGAAAUCUUGACCUCCAAGGACAUACCCUGUGAUUCCAGGAGGAGAUAAUUCAAACCAAUACUUAGUGCUGUUAGAAAAAGCAGUAGUGGAAGCAAGGCUUACCAUUCAGUAAUGCGCCUGGCUGUACCUCCAAGCCUGGCCAAACCCUGUGUUUGAAGGAGAUGCCCUGACUCUGCAAUGUCAGGGAUGGAAGAAUACACCACUGUCUCAGGUGAAGUUCUACAGAGAUGGAAAAUUCCUUCAUUCCCCUAAGAAAACCCAGACUCUGUCCAUGGAAGCAGCAACAGUGCAGAGCAGUGGCCAGUACAGCUGCACUGGGCAGGUGAUGUAUAUUCCACAGAUAUUCACACUAACUUCAGAAACUGUCAUGGUUCAAGUCCAAGAGCUGUUCCCACCUCCUGUGCUGAGUGCCUCCCCCUCUCCUGAGCCCCGAGAGGGUAGCCUGGUGACCCUGAGAUGUCAGACAAAGCUGCAUCCCCUGAGGUCAACCUUGAGGCUCCUUUUCUCCUUCCACAAGGACAGCCACACCUUGCAAGACAGGGGCCCUCAUCCAGAACUCUGCAUCCCAGGAGUCAAGGAGGGAGACUCCGGGCUUUACUGGUGUGAGGUGGCCCUCAAGGGUGGCCAGGUCCAGAAGCAGAGCCCCCAGCUGGGGGUCAGAGUGCAGGCUCCUGUGUCCUGUCCUGUGCUCACUCUGCACCACGGACCCACUGACCCUGCUGUGGGGGACAUGGUGCAGCUCCUCUGUGAGGCCCAGAGGGGCUCCCCUCCAAUCCUGUACUUGUUCUACCUUGAUGAGAAGAUUGUGGGGAACCACUCAGCUCCCUGUGGUGGAAAUGCCUCCCUCCUCUUCCCAGUGAAGUCAGAGCAGGAUGCUGGGAACUAUUCCUGCGAGGCUGAGAACGGUGUCUCCAGAGAGAGGAGUGAGCCCAAGAAGCUCUCUCUGAAGGGUUCUCAAGUCUUGUCCAUUCCCACCAGCAGCAACUGGCUGGUUCCUUGGCUGCCUGUGAGCCUGCUUGGCAUGAUGGUCAUUGCUGCUGCACUUCUGGUUUAUUUGAGACCCUGGAGAAAAGCUGGGCCCCUUCCAUCCCAGAUACCACCCCCAGCUCCAGGUGGAGAGCAGUGCCCACUAUAUGCCAAUGUGCAACACCAGAAAGAGAAAGAUGAAGGUAUUGUCUACUCUGUGGUGCAUAGAACCUCAAAGAGGAGUGAGGCCAGGCCUGCUGAGUUCGCCGCGGAGAGAAAGGACAGUCCUAUCAUCUAUGCAGAGGUGAGAUGCCUGCAGCCCAGUGAGGUUUCAUCCAAGGAGGUGAAUAUAAGAAGCACCCUCCAAGAAUCCCUUGGCGACUGUGAGGAAGUUCUCUGCUAGUGACGGUGUUCUCCUAUCAACACAUGCCCACCCCCAGUCUCCAGUGCUCCUCAGGGGGACAGCGGGCUCCUCGACUCUUUCUGGGACUCCUUCAAUUCCCAAACCCAGCAUCACGGAGCCCCGGAGCCCUUGUCCUGGUCAGGAGCACCUGAACCCUGGGUUCUCCUCUUAGCAGAAGACCAACCAAUGGAAUGGGAGGGGAGAUAGCCCACCAACACACACACUUAGGGUCAGUCAGUGACAGUGGACACAGAAGCCACAGAAAGCAUGUUACUUCCCCCCAAUAUAUAUAAAUAUAUCUCAUCCCUCAGGAAGCAUCCAGAAGGAGGCCUUGUUAUCAUAGGAGAUGACAGCUCCAUGUGUGUUAUUGUCCCCGAAGAGACCUUUCAGUGGGACAAGAUGAUGUGGUGAAAGACAGUAAUAUUGAUGAUCCAGACCCUGUGUAGACCUAGGUUAAUGUGUGUGUUUAUUUAUGUCUUAGUUUUUAACAAAAAAA